CCAGGAGGGUGGAGCUUUGUCACCUCAGUUCCAAUCAGCUGAAUAGAUUUUUGCAAGAGCUGGCAGAAGGGUUUUACUGAGUGUCGUUUGGUGUUGGAUCAGUGUAAGUGCAAAAGACAUGGACAUGCCUUGCUUGUAACUGGCUGGGAAAUCUAACUGGAGAAAUACACUUGGCAAGAAUUCCUGGACCUGAUUGACACCAAACAAAUAUAAAUAAAUAAGUUCUAAAAAGGACAGAACAUUGAGUGGAAGACAUUCACCCUGAAUCAACACAGAGAAGAUUGCUGACCCUUUCUGAAGCAACGAGCUGCUAAAUAGAUAAUUCUAGUAGCCCACACUCUGUUUAGCAGAUGCUUCCAUCUCCAAGGAACUGAGGCAAGGCCUGAUUUAAUGAAGAAUGGAAAGAAGGUCUCCUAGAUAAGAAGAAAACAAGCUUUUGGAAGGAAGAUAAAAUCUGUCUGGCCCUUUGGAGGAGUUCUAAGGAAGGACUGGCUAUAAAAACUUGAUCGUUCCAGUGAGGACAUCCUGGAAACUGAAUGUAAGAAGACACAGACAUCCCCUGCCGGGUGGGUAUAGGGAGAACCCACAGCAAGCCAGAGGAGGUGAAGCUCACAUCACUUCUCCUGUUUUCCUCUCUGAGCAGGUACUUCAGUGGAAGUCCUUUUCCUAUGAGCAAGUGCAUGCAUGUGUUUGUUUUCUGGUAAUAUUUACCUGCACUAUUUUGUACCCACAUACAUCAGCAAAAGUCAAGCAACAUUAAUAUGCUAGAGUAAGAUUUUGUUGUUAUUUCCUUAGAAGUUUCAACAAGAAAAACAAAUGGGUGAAGAAAGCUUGAAGAAAAGAAAAGGAGAGGACAAAGGAAGAGAGGACAGACAAUCCAUUCAGAGUCAUGAGCCCCAAACGAUGAACCUACAAAAGCAGGUGGGCCUCAUUAGUGGAAUCUGUAUGAUUGUUGGUACAAUUAUUGGCUCAGGUAUCUUCGUUUCUCCAAAAUCAGUGCUUGCCAAUGUUGAAGCUGUGGGUCCUUGUUUAAUCAUCUGGGCAGCCUGUGGAGUCCUGGCAACAUUAGGUGCUCUUUGUUUUGCUGAGCUUGGUACAAUGAUCACAAAGUCUGGGGGAGAAUAUCCCUACCUCAUGGAGGCAUUUGGCCCAAUUCCAGCGUUUCUGUUUUCUUGGACAAGCUUACUGGUUACAAAACCCAGCUCCUUUGCAAUCAUCUGUCUCAGCUUUGCAGAAUAUGCCUCAGCUCCUUUUUAUCCGGGCUGUGAUCCACCCCAAGCUGUCAUCAAGUGUCUGGCAGCAGCUGCUAUUGUGGUAAUUACAAUUGUGAAUUCAUUGAGUGUGAAGCUAGGAAGUUACCUCCAGAAUUUUCUCACAGCUGCUAAAAUGAUCAUUGUCACAAUCAUUAUUGUAAGUGGAAUUGUUCUCCUUGCACAAGGAAAAACUGAUAACUUCAAAGAUUCUUUCAAGGGCAGUAAAAUUUCUGUUAGCUCUAUCAGUUUGGCAUUCUAUAAUGGACUCUGGGCAUAUGAUGGAUGGAAUCAACUCAAUUACAUCACAGAAGAACUUAAAAAUCCUUACAGAAAUCUACCACUGUCUAUAAUUAUUGGAAUCCCCUUGGUCACGGUUUGUUAUGUUCUGAUAAACAUUUCCUAUUUCACUGUGAUGACCUCAACAGAGCUCCUGCAGUCCCAGGCAGUUGCUGUGACAUUUGGAGAUAGAGUCCUUUAUCCAGCCUCUUGGAUAGUUCCUCUCUUUGUGGUAUUUUCAACACUUGGAUCUGCCAAUGGUACCUGUUUUACUGCAGGCAGACUUGUUUAUGUUGCAGGUCGUGAAGGGCACGUGCUAAAGAUACUGUCUUACAUUAGUGUUAAGCGCUUAACACCAGCACCUGCUAUCAUAUUUUAUGGGGCCAUCACUAUUAUUUAUAUUAUUCCUGGUGACAUUGAUUCACUCAUAAAUUACUUUAGUUUUGCAGUCUGGAUAUUUUAUGGUUUAACUGUACUUGCACUAAUUGUUAUGAGGUUUACAAGGAAGGAACUCAGGAGACCUAUCAAGAUACCCAUCAUCAUUCCUGUCAUAGUGACACUGGUGUCAAUUUUACUGGUAUUGGCACCAAUCAUCAGUGCACCCGAACUGGCCUAUUUGUACUGUACUUUAUUUAUACUUAGUGGACUUAUAGUUUAUGCACUUUUUGUUCAUUUAAAAUUCAGCUGGGCACAAAAAAUAUCAAAGCCCAUCACUAUGCACCUCCAGAUGCUUUUGGAAGUUGUUCCAGAAGAGGAAGUUAUUGAAUGAAGUAUUUUAUACCCACCAUGUUGUUUUUAAGUGCUGUACUUGUCGAAGUAUAUUCAACUUAGUAUGGCACACAUAUAUACUUGCUAAAUUGUUAUGUUCUUACUGGUGUAUUAGUUUUGCCACACUUCAGUACUUCAAAGCAUCAAAUAUAUAUAAUAAAAGAUUUCUAAGCCAAA